UCUGUGUAGCUUUUGUGAGGCCAGCUGAGCACCACUGGAAAGUGGAGCAGGAGUUGCAAUCCAUUCAGAGACUUAAGAUUAAGUAAAAGGUUUAAAUAAGGUCUUUGAGAUCUGUGGGCAGUGCGUCCAGGGUUUGGUGAUAGGUGCUAAAUGGGGGAUUUAGGUAUUCAAAGCAGAGAAAGAGAAAUUCCCAAACAGGAGAGAGACGGGCAGUUUUGCUGCAAUUAGUACUUUUAAAACCUUAACUCAAAUUUUUAUUUUACGUAUCUCAAAAUUUAGCUGACCAGUGUGUAAUCAGCUAUCUUUCACGCGUGCUGUGCAAAACAAUUAUACUGACAAGUAGUGCUGAAUUUACCCUAUGAUUUGAUGUAUUUCUUUUUUAAUUUGGAAGACUUCAGAUUUUGGUUAGACAAAAAGCAUAACUUCUCUCGCUGUGCCGAAGUGUCUGUACAUUAUUCUUGCCUUGCUGAGCGUGCUGGAUUCUGAUUGUGUAUGUGUGUGUUUGUGUUACAACACACAAGACUGCCUUAGAGAUUUAGGUGACCGCUACAUCCUUCAGACCUGUAGAUUUUAGCUUCUUGUUUUUUGCUCUGAAAUUAUUUUUCAUGGAUCUUUAAUGUGCAGUGUCUUUUUUAUAACCAAUGGUGAGUUUUGUUGAAACUUGAAGAGAAAUUUAUUCCACCCCUUUAAGAGUACCCAAAAGGGAAGGGAGAACUAUUCUCUUUCGGCUCAAAAAAGAUUUUUUUAAAACCUUUUCCCCCAACGGAAAACUCCAAAACAGCUCUGUCUCAGAACGUUAAACUUGGCAUGGGUAAGAAAUGUGAGUUUUGCUUUGUUUGAGGAAAUUUGUUUUCAAGACAACAAUGUUAUAAAUAUUUUUAAAUUGCCUGCUGAGCAUGCGCUGUCUCUGACUUUAUUCAUAGUUUUAAAUACACACCAAUGCAAUCUUCUGAAUGGCCACAGGUAAGGCUGUCGGUUUGUGGGAUUCUUCUCUGAGGCACCUUCAGUGAGUCUCCUCAGUUUUCCAGAAGGGAAAAGGGCAGGAGCUGAGUUCAGACCUGGAUAUCCUUCUAACUAUCAUAGAGAAAAAGUGAAUUACCCACUAAGGCUUGCACACUGUACUUAGGAUGCAGCCACUCUCUGUGCCCUGCCCCAAUGAACAUCUGCACUAGGCCCAAGCCUUGGAGUGAUUUACCUGAAGAGUGACACUGAUUAUCUGGAAACUACUAUGAGGAAACUGAAGCCCAGAGAGGUGAAGUGAGGUGCCCAAAGCCACUCAGCAAGUUGCAGGCACAGCUAGUUCCGUAGCUCAAGUCUCCUGACUCCCAGUCCAGUGCUCCUCCCAUUACUCCACGGGUCCUGUCUCUAAGCUUCCUGACAAAUGCUAGAACGGAAGAAACCCAAGACAGCUGAAAACCAGAAGGCAUCUGAGGAGAAUGAGAUUACUCAGCCGGGUGGAUCCAGCGCCAAGCCGGGCCUUCCCUGCCUGAACUUUGAAGCUGUUUUGUCUCCAGACCCAGGCCUCAUCCACUCCACACACUCACUGACAAACUCUCACGCUCACACCGGCUCAUCUGAUUGUGACAUCAGUUGCAAGGGGAUGACCGAGCGCAUUCACAGCAUCAACCUUCACAACUUCAGCAAUUCCGUGCUCGAGACCCUUAACGAGCAGCGCAACCGUGGCCACUUCUGUGACGUGACGGUUCGCAUCCACGGGAGCAUGCUGCGCGCACAUCGCUGCGUGCUGGCAGCCGGCAGCCCCUUCUUCCAAGACAAGCUGCUGCUGGGCUACAGCGACAUCGAAAUCCCGUCGGUGGUGUCCGUACAGUCGGUGCAAAAGCUCAUUGACUUCAUGUACAGCGGUGUGCUGAGAGUCUCGCAGUCGGAGGCUCUGCAGAUCCUCACAGCCGCCAGCAUCCUGCAGAUCAAAACGGUCAUAGAUGAGUGCACACGCAUCGUGUCACAAAACGUGGGCGAUGUGUUCCCGGGCAUCCAGGAUUCUGGCCAGGACACACCAAGAGGCACACCAGAGUCAGGCACAUCUGGCCAGAGCAGUGACACGGAAUCAGGCUACCUGCAGAGCCACCCACAGCACAGUGUGGACCGAAUCUACUCUGCACUCUACGCUUGCUCCAUGCAGAAUGGCAGCGGCGAGCGCUCCUUCUACAGUGGUGCAGUGGUCAGCCACCACGAAACUGCUCUCGGCCUGCCCCGUGACCACCACAUGGAAGACCCCAGCUGGAUCACACGCAUCCAUGAGCGCUCCCAACAAAUGGAGCGCUACCUGUCCACCACCCCUGAGACCACGCACUGCCGCAAGCAGCCCCGGCCUGUGCGCAUCCAGACCCUGGUGGGCAACAUCCACAUCAAGCAGGAAAUGGAAGAUGACUAUGACUACUAUGGGCAGCAAAGGGUGCAGAUCCUAGAACGCAAUGAAUCCGAGGAGUGCACAGAAGACACUGACCAGGCAGAGGGCACAGAGAGCGAGCCCAAAGGUGAAAGCUUUGAUUCUGGGGUCAGCUCCUCCAUCGGCACCGAACCUGACUCAGUGGAGCAACAGUUUGGGGCCGGAGCCACAAGGGAGGGUCAAGCAGAACCCGCCCAACCCGAGCAGGCAGCAGAAGCCCCAGCUGAGAGCAGUGCCCAGCCAAACCAGCUAGAAACAGGUGCCUCCUCUCCCGAGAGAAGCAAUGAAGUGGAGAUGGACAACACAGUCAUCACUGUGAGUAACAGCUCCGAUAAGGGCGUCCUACAGCAGCCUUCCGUCAACACAUCCAUCGGGCAACCAUUGCCAAGUACCCAGCUCUAUUUACGCCAGACAGAAACCCUCACCAGCAACCUGAGGAUGCCUCUGACCUUGACCAGCAACACACAGGUCAUUGGCACAGCUGGCAACACCUAUCUGCCAGCCCUCUUCACUACCCAGCCCGCGGGCAGUGGCCCCAAGCCUUUUCUUUUCAGCCUGCCACAGCCCCUGACAGGCCAGCAGACCCAGUUUGUGACAGUGUCCCAGCCUGGCCUGUCCACCUUUACUGCACAGCUGCCAGCGCCACAGCCCCUGGCCUCAUCUACAGGCCACAGCACAGCCAGUGGGCAAGGUGACAAAAAGCCUUAUGAGUGCACUCUCUGCAACAAGACUUUCACAGCCAAACAGAACUACGUCAAGCACAUGUUCGUACAUACAGGUGAGAAGCCCCACCAGUGCAGCAUCUGUUGGCGCUCCUUCUCCUUGAAGGAUUACCUUAUCAAGCACAUGGUGACGCACACAGGAGUGAGAGCUUACCAGUGUAGCAUCUGCAACAAGCGCUUCACCCAGAAGAGUUCCCUCAAUGUGCACAUGCGCCUGCACCGCGGGGAGAAGUCCUAUGAGUGCUACAUCUGCAAAAAGAAGUUCUCCCACAAGACCCUGCUGGAGCGACAUGUGGCCCUGCACAGUGCCAGCAACGGGACCCCUCCCGCAGGCACGCCCCCAGGUGCCCGCGCAGGUCCGCCAGGCGUGGUGGCCUGCACGGAGGGGACCACUUACGUCUGCUCCGUCUGCCCAGCAAAGUUUGACCAAAUCGAGCAGUUCAACGACCACAUGAGGAUGCAUGUGUCUGACGGAUAAGUAGUACCUUUCUCUCUUUCUUAUGAACCAAACAAAACAACAACAAAAGAAAUAAACAAGCAAACAGACAGACAAAAAGCUAUGGCACUAGAAUUUAAGAAAUGUUUUGGUUUCAUUUUUACUUUCUGUUUUUGUUUUUGUUCCGUUUCAUUUUGUACUACAUGAAGAACUGUUUUUUGCCUGCUGGUACAUUACAUUUCCGGGGGCUUGGGUGGAUAAUAUUUUUCCCAGUCUCCCUUGGAUGGUGGCCUUAAGGCCUGGUAGUGCUUCAAGAGGUCCACUGGUUGGAUCUCUAGCUACUGGCCUCUAAAUACAACCCUUCUUUACAAAAACAAAAAACAAACAAACAAAAAAACAAAACAAAAUCAAAACAAGACAAAAAAAGCAAAAAACCACACACACAAAAAAACAAACAAAAAAAUCUUUUAAAAAAGUUUUAAAAAAUGUUAAAAAAAAAAAAAAGAAAAAUUGUUUUUCCACUCGUGAAGAGCACUACAGAAUUUAUUAUGAGAUGUAAAGGCCUGCUGUCUUUAAGUACACCGCUCACAGUGUUUCAGUGGACAGUUCACAAUUCUGGCCACUUGGACUUCACAGUAAGCAGUUUAAACUGUGGAAUAUCACUUCUGGUUGAAAACCCAGAGGAAAGGCCCUGCUGUUUUCCACCUACCACGUUGUUGUCUGAUUUCAUUAAAGGGCUCUGGGAUGGGAGGGGGCAGUGAGCACAGUGGUGUUGGGGAAAAGCAGUGUGGCAGGCUUCUCCCCCAGGCCUGCCUGGUCUGCAUGCCCCACCUCCUCCACAUCCCCGCCCCUUUCAGCAGAAGCCAGGAAGACUUGGACAAGCAUCAAGCAACAGUGGCUAUCUAUCGUAUUUAUUCAGUGUCUUGGCUGAGCCACAGCCUCAGCACAAUCAAGAGGGACUUUCAUGAAAGGCAGGAAUGCAGAUAAAAACAAAGAUUACAGAUUUGCACCUAUGUUUCUAGGUACAAGAGAAGGAUUAUUUCCAACAAUCUUUGCAAAAAAAAAAAAAGCAUCAGGAUAUAUUCUUGUGGAAGAGAAAAAGAAAGAGAAAUGGAGGGUGGGGGGAACAGUAAAAGUUCUUGAGGCUUUUUUAAUUCAAAAAUUUAUAGAGGGGCAAAAGUGAUGUUUACCAGAUAGAAUGCUGAUUUUUUUAAUAUAUUUACAACAGUAUUUGUGUAAAAAAAAAAACAAAAAAGUGAGAUUGUUAAAAGUGAUUUUUUUCUCAUUUUGGGUUUGCAUACACUGCCACCGCCCCUUUGACUUCGUCUCUCACACAUAUAUAUAUUUUUUGGUAAGUCAAGACUGUUAAGGUUAGUGAUACUGCUUCCAGAGAGAAAGAAUAAAAGGCAACUAAAGCUAUAUUUGAAAGAGAGGAAGGAUAUUUUCUUCAUAUUUUUUUCUUAAUUUUUAUUAUUUUAAAGUAUUGCCUGGGUCGCUGAGGGCCUCUGAGGCCCGCCCACCCUGCUGUAAUUUCAACUGCUGCUCUGUUUUUGAUGCGUAGAUCUUUGACUUCUAGCAAGCUUAAGUGGCUCCACUGAAUAGUAAUCACCCAUCCAUCUAGAAUUCUGCCCGUUGUCAUGGAAGGGACAUGCUCUUUUAGAAGCAGAUUUCUUCUCCAAAAUUUCUCUGAGCUCUUAGGAUUCUAGAGUUUCCAUUAAUCUUACUUUUUUUUCCUCUGGUGAAACACUAGUGGUCUAGAAAUCUUAACCCAGGGGUUCAUUUCCUUUAUGAUCCACCAGGAGAAGGAGUCUACAUGCCUCUACCCUGCCUCCUCCCUCUCCACUGUGUGAGCAUCCUAUGAGAAGCCUGUUACAAACCACAGUGCGCCGAUGCCAAAACUCCUUUCUUCCUUUCACUGCCUCUGACUCUUUCCACCAUGGCUGACAGGGCUGAGUAGGACGCUCAUCCUUUAGUUGACUAGUGACUCUUGCUUUUUUGAAAAUUAACAGUUUCUCUGUGCUAACGUCCGGCUCAUCAAAAGGCCAUGAGUCUCUGGCAUCAUCCUAGAUGGUGCUCUUUCUAGUUGGGAUUUCCCUCUUUGGUCUUGAUCAAGACAUCAUCAGAUUUUCCAAUUAUGAACCGUGUCCUGAAGGGAUUCCAGCUUAAAAAAAAAAAAUAGGACUUUUUAAACCUAGCUAAUACUCACUAAGUAAUUUCGUGACUGGCCAUGUUUUAGCACACUUAAAAGGAAAAGUAACUAUUCCAAUAACACAGAAACACAAAAGUACAUUUUUUUAAAAAAAAAAAAAAAGAGAAGAGAUUUUUCUUUUCUAAAUUGCUCUACAUUUUAAUUCAAUUUUCCUCCUAAUUUUCCUGUUAGCAUUUAUUUAAAAAAAAAUGCAGCAAACGAGGGAAAAUUUUCCAAGGCAAGCAACUCUAUAAUGACUAAAUUGGUUUUAUUCAUAUAUUUUAGACAAUUGGUUAACUUGGAUCUUUUCCAUAAGUUCUUUGUGAUGUUUAGUAGUUUGUGCAACUGGAGUAUUUGUGGUGUUGAAGUUGGUCUUUUGGUGCUUAAUUCAGUCGAUGUUUUGCUAGAAGUUGUAGUGUGGAUUUGGAUGGGUAACUGACUACUGAGUAUCACUUACUGUGAUUUCUAAGAAGGGGACACCCAAAAAACUUGUGUGAUCUGUUUUAAAAAUUAGCUUCAGAAAUUCAGAAGUCCUCCCUACCCUACCCCUUGCUGUUUUUGCUGUUGUUAAUAUUGGAAGGCAGGAGUGACUUAAUGUUUCUUUACCACCAAUAGAGGGAGCAUUAAGUAAUGACGUCAUGGGAUAGUUCAAAAAAAUGAGUCCUUUAACCAACCCACCAGGAAAAAGAAAACAGAUGGUGGUUUUUUUUUUUUUUUCUUAAUCUGGAGGAAAAAAAGACAUGAAAUCACUCAUCAUAUAAAUCAAAGAAAAGAAAGCUAAGGUCCAGCUUUAGGUAUCCUCACUGUUGACAGAAGCACACUGAAAGUAGUGCCUCUAGUCAAACCUCAGUAAAGUCGUCAGAACUCAGACUGUUCCUGGGAAAACUUACCUUGAGUACCAUUAGGUUACACUUCCCAUCUGCUCACUACAUCUGAAAGAGUCCCCGUGUCUUGAUGCUCAUGUGCAUUGUCAAAACGCUAAGCAGCUGGGUUAAAAGUCCAACACUUGUUAUAGAGCGUGUUAAAAAAAAAAAGAAAGAAAGAAAGAGAAAAGUAAAGAAAAGAAAAGUAAAGAAAAGAAAAGAAAAGAAAAGAAAAAAGAUAACACCAGGUGACUUGAAACUCUUGAGAUUUAUCCUUCCCCUAUAAAGGGAAUAUUUCCUUUUAAAACAUGUGUGGAGAUCCAUCCCUAAGGAGGUCUUGGUUAGGUCCGACUGUACAGGCUCAUUCCUACUGUUUUCACCCCAAACAUCUCCCAUCCUACAGUACUACUUUCUAGAACUGAAGGACACUCCAUUGGCAUCCAUCGGAGCUCUAACGCAAAGAACCUUCUAUAGUGCUGGUGCUGGGCACCUGGCCUCCCAAGGGCUGCUUUCCAACUGCACUGCAGUGUAGAAGACAAGCCAGUCCGCACCUAUUCAAAAAGAUGCAGGUGCUCCCAGGACUGCCCACGCACACACGCUGUCUCACAGUCACACAUGGAAAGAAAAGAUGAGAAAGUUGCCAGUUUUUGGUUUUCAGUCCUACAAUUUUUUAUGAUGGGAUGCUAUCAGUUCUUUUAAAACUAGAAAACAAUUUUUAAAAAGGUCCUUUUAGUAUUCAGGAACACCUGUGCACGUGUGCAUGUACACACAUGCACACACUCACACCUAAUGGAGGCAGGUGUCCCAGGCAGACCUCUUGAGAAAGUUAGGGAACAAGAACUGGUAUGCAAAGGAAUACUGGAAUACUAGUAUAAUGUGUUUUUUUUUAAAUCAAUCUAUGAUUUUAACAAGGAAUUUGUUAAAUACAAAGCCGCAAUAGUACCAGAUUUGUGUAAAAAAAAAAAUGGCCCCUGUGUAAAAUAUACCCCCAAAAUACAAUAAUUAGAACUAAAGGAUAUCAUUCAGCUCUACAAUAAAAAACAAAAACAAAUAACCAAGAAACAACCUCUCCCACACACACCCAGUAAUCCUAAAUGAAAAUCUUUAUAGAAGUAUUUUCACUGUUGUUAACUUAGCUUCCUGCAGAUUCUCCCAUCCCAUGUCUUUCUGCCAGGAGGUAGGGUGGGAAGUAAUCCUGGCUCAUUGCCCAGAUGCUGCCAUUUCCCUGCCCCCUGUCUCGGAGUUCACAGUUCCUGUUGACAUUAGAAAGACUUGGACUUACCUUCUUUCUCUGUAAGUAAGAGACACUUUAUUGUAUAUCAUAAUAUCAUGUCAGGACCAAGAAAACUCUUUUCAAUCCAUGAGCAGGGAGAGUCUGUGUCUGACACUGGAGAGCAAGAGUUUCCUCUGGGCGUGCCUGCUUCUCCUCAGUCUCCCUGUCAGGAUCUACUGUGUGUCCACCUCACACACCAUCCACCAUCAUAUGACCUGCUUAUGCCCCAAAGCACUGUUUUCUUUCAGCAUAGAAGUUAAUGCAGAAAUGUGUGCCUCAUCAAAGCCCUCAGGUCCCCAGGAACAUACAGGAAAGUUCCUUGUUGCAACCCUCCAAGAUACUCCCCCCUCCCAUUGUCCUGAGGACAGCAAGGAGGUGGGUCUGACAAGGAUGCAGAGCAGAUAAUACCCAUUCUGAGCCUUCCCCUGAUGUUGCAGAGGGAGUUGUUUUGAUUAGUUAGGGCCAGCCAUGAGAGAUGUGUGGUUCUACAGAAGAGCACAUCAGGCGGGUGCUGCCCGGGGCCAGUGUGCAGCUGCAGCUAAGGGAGCAGAAAGGUGUAGGUAGCCCCCGGAGCAGACAGGAGAAGCCCUGGGGAGGGAAGAGAACUCAGAGGGCGGUGCCCUUCUGCUGUGACUUGACUCUUAAAAGAAGCCCUCUAAAAAGAAUUCUUUAAUUUAGUAAUGAGUUGAAGUCCAGGGUAAUGGAAGCUCUGGGGAAGAGAACAAAAGAAUUGCAAAAUGUAUUCAGUACUGAACAAUACCAAACCAGAAAACAUCCAAUCACAAAGCUAGGAAGUUUGGCAAAGAGGUACUUAGGGAAACCUCCAGCCUGUUCCUUGGGUAGGGUCCGCAGACUUUCUUUUGAGUGAUUUCUGGCUCAGAGAAACCUCUUUACUUGUUAGAAAAGAACUUUAUUUAAAUGGCCAAUUUUGUCCUCCCCCCCCUGGGGGGGGGGAGAAUUUUUGUAAAAAAAGACAGAAAAGAAAAAUAGGACACUAAAGACAGAACCAUGUGAGUUGGUGACAAACAAAAGAAAGGGGACACUAGAAUUUCAAUAGACUCCCCAUUGGAUAGAUUAAAAAAAAAAAAAAAAGCUACCAAGGGUGGGGCCUCCCAGCCCCAGACUCUCAGGCUUCUGGGAGGGGACAGUGCUUGGUUGAGCUGACCCAGCUGCUGGCUUUCUGGGGCUGAGCAUAACUUUCCAACUGGGACCCUAGCAACUUUCAUUCUGUUUUCAUAAGGAAAGGGGAUUGUUCUCCUAACUGCUCUGGAAAUAGGUGGCAGCAUGGGGCAAACUUUCAAAGGCAACCACUGCUCUGGUGCUCAGGAUGCCCCAGAAGCACAUGAAAAUACUUAACUAUUCCCAAGGGCUUUGUGUGCAGAGUUAUCAUUUCCAAUACAUCUUAAACAUCCACAUGAGUGUUCCUGUAAAACUGCCCAGUUACUAACCCAAAGCAUCAUCAUUUCUAGCCCUGGGUAGCAAGAUCAUCAACCCAAGCAAAAUAGCCCAAGGAGGAGUUCCUUAAGUCUCUCUAGAGGCUUUCCUGCUUGAACACUGAAUCCACAGCAAGCAGUGGUGUGCAUCACCGGGUGGGUACCGGAGUGCUCUUGGGACAGUAGAGCUGGUCUCCAUUCUCUCUAAGGAGAAGAGGCAAAGUGAAGGCUUGCAGGGCACAAGAAUGUUUUCAAAACUGUAUGUCUCCUCCUCACGGGAGGAAGACUAGAAAAGGCCCAGGACUGGAGCAAGAGUCUUAACCUAUGGCUUACUGGUAGCUGCCCUUCUCCCAGAGUUUCUUUAGGCCCCAUCUAUGCUCCACAGACUAUUGGCCUAACCUCAGCUAAGGAACUUUCACAAGAAACCAUUGGUUGUAGGAUUAUUGCCAAAAGUGUGUGCACACCCACACACGCACAGGCACACACACAGAAAAUGAAAGGCUGUGAAGAUAGGGACAUUUCUUAGUUUGUAAUGGUUUCAUAAUCACAAAACUAAGCUCUAUUCAUGACUGAGUACUAUGGAACCAGGGACUUCCUGGGAGGCACCAAACCUGUACGGGAACCAGCUGCUUUCAGGAAGCAGCAGCUAUUUCCUGUCUGCUCUGUUUCAGUGGUAGGUCGAGGCUGAAUGUAAAAUAACCAUGUUGCUAAGUAGCGAGUCCUGUUAAACAUAACCACAGGUGCCUGGAUGGCUCUUAAAGUCUCCUUCACAGGGAGCCCAAUCCCAAAAUACAGCUUUCUCUUUCUGCAGAGACUAUAUAGCUACAGACUGCACUCUGUCCCACCUCAGUUUUGAGGUGCAUUUGGUUUGUCUUGUGAGCUUUUGUUUAAAUGCAAAAUCAAAAUUUUCACAUCUUUAAUGAAGACGCAUAAUCUGCAGAUCGUAGACAAACUCUAGCCCUAGUCAUGAAAUCCUAGCUUCAGCAAUGCCUGAAAACAGUCCAAGUCUCUCCUUGGAUCUCUUUCAGACUGAGAAGUUUCUUGACUCAGAGUGCUUACAUGAUCCUGAUACUCCUAAGGCAUAGAGAAAAGGAACCCCACAGGAGACAUCUGUUUCUGCUGCUGUUGCGACAGUUGUUAUAGCCCAAAGCUUAACUGUCAUUUGCACACAGAUGCUAAUAACAAAAGUAGCUUAACCCAUCCAGUUUGUCACAGCUGCUGUCCAGAAUGUCUAUCUGUGAGUGCACCUUAUCCGUGUGCACACAUGGUAUGAGGUGCUGGUACCACAAAACUUCAUUCAUAUUCUCCAGUGACAGCAGCAUACACUUGAGCAUUUCCAGCUAGAGUCAGAGGCCUGACACCACGCAUAUCCCUGCUUUCUGCUUUGUUACCUUGGUUGGGUAUGUCAAUAUCUGUGACGAGGCUUUACAGCAUUCAGAAAUAGCCCAACCAUCAGUAGUUUGUGUAUAGCCCCUUGAGGAAAAACUUGAACAAAUGCUACACUUCUGUGGAUUUACUGGUGAAUGUGUGUAUGUGCACGCACAUGUGUGCACAUGACCGUGCAUAUUUGUAUGUUUAUGUCUAUUUAUGUUGUCUGAGUGUGUGUGCAUCUCUCAAAUGAAGCACACACGGCAGAGUUCCUGGUGCGUAGAUACAAUUGCCUCUUCUACCAUUGUGCUCAGACUCAUGGCUUUCUUCCCAGGAAGCAGUCACCUGCCCACUCUGUUGCUUUUUGUAGCAUUUCAGAGUUGGGAGAAACAAAGGCAGCUUGUUGGCUCUACAGCAAACCCACAGGGACAGGCUGUUUUCCUCCAGAAGAGGGUGGGGUACACACACUCAACCAGAAGCAUACCAGAGAGAGCCAUCCAGGCCACCUCAUAGGACUCCCAAAGGAGAGGACCUAGCCAGGCAGGUGACACCCAAACAUCCCAGGAAUACGCCAGAGCUCAAAGACUAUUCCUUUCCUCUCUGGAACCUUCUUGGCUUUAGAGAAGGAACAUGGUUCUACAGAUCAUAGAUAAAUCUAGCCAGAGGCACAAAAUCCCAACUCCCAUCGUGUGCACUCACACACAGGAACCACAUGGGAGUCCUACUCCCCAACUGAUGCUCCCGGAGGCUGCCUGCACCUACAGAACAUCACUACCAUUCACAAGCUGAGUCUCCUGAAACCAGUGUGGCCUUCACCCAAGUCUUUUCAGGAAUGGGUUGUUUACCAUGUCUAGCAAACCAAUAGAAUAUCAGGGAGUAUCUUGAGGGCAAUCUCUAAGAAUCAGUGGCUCUUGCCCAUGUCAGACUUUAAAGUAGAAUGCUACUGUAGCAUAAUAUACUGAAUGACUGGACUCAGCUUUCAUAGGUUACUCUUGAUGGCUUGGUGACCUGGGAACAGUUGGAUUUAGUUCUCUCAUUUCCAUGCCUCUCUUUUACUAGACAGUUUCUUUCUUCCCUUUCUUCCUUCCUUCCUUCCUUCCAUCUGAUAUGUAGAUUAUUUCUGCUUUACAGAAUUCAGAGGACUUUUUGUUCCUCUUGUGUUUUAGUGACAUUUUCCCUUCCCCCAUGCAGUAAGGCUACUUACCAUUGCAACUAUUUUUUUUUUUGCUUAUUAUUUUUAAAAUGUAUAUUGUCUUUCUGUAUCUGAAAGAAGUUUGUGACCGUAACCACAGGAAUUUCUUUUUACUGGAAAAAAGUUCAUUUCUCUUUUUGUUUUUAUUGUUUUAACAGUACUAUAACAGUACUAGUGACUUUGUGGAAGACUAUGGUUACUAUUUAGGUAUGCUUACUUAAGUACAAUACACUACAUUGCAGUGUUUCUGAAACCUAGAACAUACACAUUAUAUAUAACAGCUCUAUAUUGAAAUAUGUUACAUUAUAUUCAUUUUAACUUUGAAUCUGCCAUAUAUCAUCAGUUGAUUGAAAUAUUGUUUCUUCACAUAUAUCAUCACCCAUCACCACCUGCUGCAGUUAAUCUGGUGUAUUUAAUGACCAUUAUUGCUCUCUUAUGCCUUUUAUAUUAUCAGCUUCAGUAUUGUCUUUACAAGAUUUUAGAACUUUUUUUUAAGCUCAGACAUAGCACACAUAGUCAAGUGAAAACUUUUUUAAAAAUUAUUUUGCUGUAGCUAAUACCAAGACGUUCAUAUUCUACACGAUCUUGUUUAGCUGACCCUGUUCAUAUCCGAAGAACAACGGAAGUGCAUAUGAACAUAUCUGUGAUCUUCCUGUAUAGGACUGCCAUAAUCUGUAUUUGCUUCAAAAGAAUAUAACCAAGGAGCUGCUUGUCUAUCACAUGAUCUGACCGACUGUCAUAAGCUGCAUUUCCAAAGGGCUGCUUUGGUGAGAAGCAAAGACAGAGAAAAGUAUCUUCAAACAUUGGUUCUCAGUAUUGAUCCUACAGGGUCUGCUCUCUCUCUCUCUCUCUCUCUCUCUCUCUCUCUCUCUCUCUCUCUCUCUCUCUCUCUCUUCACUGCUGGCCAUUAUUUUCAUUAGGCUUCAGCCUUUCCCUGGAGGCAUCUUGGCAAUAAUACACUGUUGAUUUUCCCCAAGAGAUUUAUUUUAAAGUAAAACCAUAUUUCUAGGAACUUUUUAUUGAUAGAACUCAAAAAACAUAUAUGACAUUCUCGGCCUUCGAAAUCUGUAAGUGGAUGGCUCUUGGUAAUCUGGCCCUUAGCAUCUCUACUUGCUUUCUUCUUUAGUCAGGCCACCAUGGGGCAUUCAGAGAUCAGAGAGCCCCUCCUUAUAACAGAAGCACUUCCAAGUAUUUCUUUAAGGAUCUUUCUACAGCUGCCCCAGCUCUUCCACUGCAAGCCUGGAAAUCAGAAUCAAGCCAGUGAACCCAGCCUCAUUCUCCACAUUCUAUAUUCAAGACCAAAUGAUGACAGCUUUUCAUAAAACUCAAUAGAAACCCUCCCCAUGUUGGACCAAUAUUUAGGCUUCUCAGUGUGAACAUACCACUCUCUCCUUCAGUCUUCCCUUGUCAAUCAUUAUCUUGGAGUCUCAUGACGUUCUGCUGUGCCUAUCCAGUGUUGUCUCUUGCCCCCACCCAUCCAAGCUCUCCUCAGCACCCUCCACUUGUACAGCCUGACAUUCAUUAAGGAACUUUCCAUGCCUAGUCUCCUUUGAUGAUGCUAAACAAGAGUCUGGUAGGAAACUACUUAUGUAGCAUCUGUUCACAAUGAAAGACAUGUCAGAGGGAAAGCCUGAGUGUGAACUCCAUGGUAGUGAGGCUGUCCUUUCUGUGAUCAAGGCACAAGGUACCUUGUCCCAACUCCAUUAUUCUUGCGUUCUCUUUCUUACCAAAAUUUUUCUCAUUUCUUGUUUCUUUUUAAAGAUAACAUUGAGCUACCCAAUCAUCUUUGCACUGCCCCCCCCCCGAAAAUCUUGCAUUAUGACCCCAACUGUUCAUGAAUUUCUCCUACCACUCUUCUUAGCAUCUUUCUUUAAAUGAGUUCAUAAACUUGGGACUUGUAGGCAGAAUGUCUUCAUUUCAGCUUCAGCUUUUAAAGGUUGUCAGUAUCUGAGAGUAGGAGGACCUGAGUCAGAGUUUUAAAUGUCAACUGUACUAGCUGAAUCAUUAAUUCCCCUCACCUUUACAUUAAACCAAAGAUAAGUAUUUUAUUUUAUUUUUUUAAAAACCACAGUUUUCAGAUUCUUGAUAUGAGUAGAUGAUUUCUGAGGGAGAAAAAAAAACCCUCCCUUGUUGAUUAUAUCUGCUUGUGCUAAUAUUUAGCUAAUGGCAUGUUUACCAGAUACAAGAUUUACAGGAAUCUGAAGAAAGAGAUACCAUUUCAAAAUAACUUUGGUAGCUAUUCAAGCCAAAAGCCAUUUCCACUCAAACAUACAAAAGAAAAGUUUGAGAGAAUGUCUUCAUGUAUUACACUUUGAAAAGCCAAAUAUUUGUUGGACUGAAAUUUUGAGGGAUAUUAUUAAAGAAUAAAAGGCUCUAAGAAGUUUAUCAAAUGCCUGCUUUACAACAAAAAUUGAUAUAAACCUAAUAAGUGUUAAAAAACAAGAACAAGACUAAAUGGGUACUAUAUUAAAUUAUAAGUACAGUACUCAGUUUAUAAAUACUUACUAUGUGAUUUGGCCAUAAAUCUAGGUUUUGUUCCAGUUAUAGCUGUCUGGUCUCUAGAUCACUGGUGAAGAAGACUGAGGUCAUUGUAGGUGUCUCUCUCUGUCACCUUGCAGUCCUUGCAGUGUCAGUUCACAGUGACCUUUAGCACAGUGUCCUGACUCGCUGUGCUACCAUCGCCUCUCUGCUCAUGUGAAGAUGUAGAGUCUAAGACACAGUUUGGAGUCACAAGCACUUACUUCUUGCUCUACCUUGACACUCAGAAUCUACAUUUCAUAUGAAAAAAUGUAUUGUUGCUUGACUUGAGGCUUGAUCCAGACUUUGACUCAAUCCAGUUUAUAGCAUCAUUUCCCACAGAGAGCAACAAGAUAAGUGUCAAGUUCAAAAGCCUUCCUGAGGUAGGCAUCUGGCAGGAGUCCACCGCGUCUUAGGCCAAUGUUCGAAUCGCUGAAGACUGACUUUGCCUUCCUAUAGCCUCCCACCAAGUUUUACCCUCACUUCUUUCUUUUUCCAUAUGGGCUCCUGCCAUCUCUUUUGAAAGUAUUCUGUAUCUAAAGCUCUCUUGCCCCUGGGCAUUGCCUUCUGAAGGCAUAUAAGACUCUUCGGCAUCACCAAACACUAUCCUCUCAAAUACAGUGUAGAGUGGGAGGGAGCUGGGUCAGGAAGAUCUCUGUUCAUCCAGUUGGCCCAAGCUGCCUUAUUGCCAUUGUUCCUUCAAGCUCUCAAAUCCAUCCAACCCUGAGACCCAGAAUUUCUCACCACAAUCUCUUAAGUCACAGAUGAAUGUCUAAAUCCUGUUUAAUAGUCUAGAGGCUCAGGGGUGUGAGUUCUCACUGCUCAUGGCCUCCUGUUUUUGCAAGCUGACAUCUGUCAAGAGCACCACCAGCCCGAACAGUAACGAGUGCAGCAAAAAUAAUGGUCAGAGACACUAUAGCACAUAUUUGAGAGAUUAAUAAUUAAUAAUGGUCAGAGACACUAUAGCACAUAUUUGAGAGAUUAGAAAGUGAUUUUUUUCUUCUUUUAUCCAUUUAAAAAAAAAAGUGUGCACACCCCAUCCCCAACACAUUUCAGAAAACCUGCAUCUCAUUUUACAGUAGCUAGUUUUAGUUUUUGUGAAUAUAGAUUAGGAAGUGUUCUGGAAUUGAAGCUGGUAGCAAACAGGUUUCUUUUCUGCACUGGACAUUAGGACGUGUGUGCAUGGAUGCAAUUCCUUCAAAGAAAGUGAAACAUGGCAAAGCAAAAGGACAAUACUUACACACAUUAAACAGUUGUCUGCUAUCUGUAAACCUUGAUUUAAGCAUAAUUGUAACUUCAUAGAAAUCUGAAACUGGAGGAAUGUGUAUUUUAUAGUUUGUUUGUUCAUUUGUUUUCCUUUAUGUCUUUCUUCUCAAGCUAGGGGAAUAUUUUGAUUCUCUGAUUUGAUGCUGUCCCCAUAUGGCAGGGGUCUGUCCUCUACCCCAGAGUAGUCUUCUGCCCCUUAGGAAAGCCUUCAGUCUCCCAUCAAGGGUCGUUUCUUGUGGAAGUCUUAUCUUCCUUUCCUGCUGUCUCUUAGAGCUUUGAGAAGGAAAUAGUUUCUGCACUUUGGGGAUGGAAUAGUUAAAACAGAACAUAGUCCUUGAAGGAAAAACUAUCUUUACCUAACCUGAUGGCUCUGGGGUCAAAGAAUGGAGCCGUCCACUGAUUAAAGCCAUUGAUCUUAUACUUUAGAUCAUCAUGGCCUCCCCAAACUGUUUUUGGAAUAAAGCUGGGGACAAAUUUAUUUUCUUUUUUUGGAUGUUUAUUCUGAGUAUCUAGUACAGAAUUCCCAGAAAGGAAAAAGAAGAAGCAUUAGUAAAAUACUCAAGUCAUCUGAUCUACCUACUUUCCCAGUAGUAGGGACGUCAUUUGUGGUAGCGUUAAGCUCUCUAUGGUCCUAAGGUCUUAAACAUGGCAACAUCCACUUCACCUCACUCCUAAGACCCCUCCCUGGCACUGAGAAGGUAGUAAGUAGGAAGCCUUCAGGCCACCAGCAUUCACCCAUCCAUGCCUAGCAUCACAAAAGAGGAACACAACAAGUUAACACUGGGAAUGGGUCAUAGUCCUUGUCAAAGCACGCUCUAUACAGCUCAGCUUAGCUUAAGAUAGCUUGGCAACCUUUUUAUAACCUGGCUUUUGUGCUAUAAUUUACAUUUUUGGCUCAAAUUUUGGAAAUAAAUGCAAUUUCAGUUAAGGGAACAGAAGGGAAGUAGGGUGAGGGGGAUGGCAUACCACAGAGGACCCAAAUACAAUUCAGUUCUAAAAUCCUAAAACCCAUUCUUGGGGUUACCAAAGAAUGAUAUCACUGGUCCUGUGAAGGUUCCUCAUCUGUCUCUAUGAUGGAUCUGAGAAUUAAUAUAACUAUGCUCCUCUGUGAUUCAUGGCUUCUCUCCAUAUAUCAAGACUAUCUGAAGAGGGUAUAGAUAUCCUUGGCUGCUCUGCACCUCAUCUGCCCUGCAGGACACAUUGUGCUGUAUGCAUCCAGAUGACCAAAAGCAGGCCAGGCUUUGAUAAGGCUUUGGAACAGUCUGAAGUGCUCAGCUCCCAGCUAGGGAACCUUCCAACAUGAAGCCAUUUUACUCUGCUCUUCAUGGGACACAUCUCAGCUUGAAGUCAGCAAGAGAGUCAGGAGAAAGUUCCCAAAGAUGCUCGAGCAGUUAAAUCUCAUCCUUGCUCCCAUUGAUGUAGACUUCAGGUUUCCAGAGGAGCCUAUUGAAGUAUACAUUAAGGAUAGUUUGCUUAGGCAUAUCUAAUUAAGAUCCAUUAAUCCUUUGCACCGUUGUUGAAAGAAUUGUGGUUGUCAGAGUAGAUGAACACAGAGUCUCUCAGAAAUCCACACCCAUCACAGCAAACAGGGAAGAGGCUGAUGACAGAGAACAUCUACAAUUGCUUUGUUUUAAAAAGCCCCAAGAUGCCAAACAUCCUUGUUCCUUUCUGUUCUCCUCAAGCUCCAGCAUGUGAGUGUGAUCCGUCAGGCAAAUGCACGGUGCACAGGGAGGGUUCCGAGGCACGGAAGGGACAGACUCUGGAGGGUUGCCACACACCAGGGGCUUCUCCAGAGUCACUCAAGUGAUUCUGUAAACCUGCAGGAAGAAGUCUAUAAGAAACCCCACUAAUUAUGUUUUCUUUUUUAACUGAAUAAUACAAAAAGAGGAUAGGAUAAAGAAUCUGCAUCCUAGUAUAAUAAUUCACUUUGUAUUUAAUAGUUCUACCUUUUUGCAUGGAGUUAUUUGUACCGAUUUUAAAUCCCAUCAUUCAGAGAGAGGCCUUGGCAAAUUUCUUUGUAUGUGGACGUGGAUCUGUGUCUCUGUAGCCAGGCAAGCCAAACAAAGUCAAAAAAAAAAAAAAAAUCAAAGAAGAAUGGCAGGAGGAAAAGAGAAC